AUGGCCGCUGCUCAAGUUUGCCCCGUAGUUGGGACCACCAACACCGUCCUCCCUCCCAAACACCCCGACUUCGACAUGGACAAGCCUGGCCAGGUUUGCCCAGUCACCAAAGCCACCACAGACCAUCAUCACAAUCUCCACAAGCACCCCGGGAUCUUCGACUCGACCAACCAAGACCUCGCCCACGCUGAAAAUUGUCCUGCGCUUUCCAAAAUCGUGAGCCGUCCCGAACAACAAGCCAUGGACGAGGGAAUCUGUCCCGUUGUCGGCGCUGUCUCUACUGUCUUGCCCCCGAACCACCCCUCGACGAGCGACGCAAAGCAUGGUGAUGUCUGUCCCGUCACAAACGCUAAGUUUGAGCACCACAAGGACAAGGUGCAUGAGCAUCCCAACCUUGAGACUGCCGCAAAGGGUGCGCACGCGACAGGGCAUAAGAUACAUCACUCCGUCUUUGACAGCGCUCAGCCCACACGCUGGGAUCGAACGAGAAUCAUGGGACAAUGGACUCGUCCUGCGGGACCUCUGUCUCGCUUCGUCCCCACGUCACAGAUGGCACUCCUCGUCGCCGUCGUCUCGGUCUCAGUCGUCGACUCGGUCCUCUUGGGCUAUGACAGCUCGAUCAUGGGCAGUCUCAACGUGAUGCCGACAUAUCAGAACUACUUCACUUUGACCACGGCCACCAAGUCCCUGAACACGGCCAUCUCGUACGUUGGAGGAUCCUGUUCUGCCCUCCUCGCUGGAUUUGUCGUCGGCUGGAUUGGCCGAUGGAAGAGCAUCAUGCUUUCUGCAGUGCUCACGCUUAUUGGCGCCGUCAUCCAAACCGCGGCCCAAAACAUCGGCAUGUUCAUUGCUGGGCGUUUCAUCGUCGGAGCUGCCCUAGGUGUUUCUCAAUGCGCAUGUCCGACAUAUGUGGCUGAGACUGCUCCUCCAAAGCACCGCGCCGUGGCAUUAGGUCUGUAUUAUGCUUGCUGGGGCGUUGGGACCCUUGUCGCUUCAGGUGUUUGCUAUUCGACGCAACACUACUCGUCGACAUGGGCGUGGAGAACCCCCAGCUUGGUCCAGAUAAUCCCCAGCAUCUUGUGUAUGAUUGUCCUCCUGUUCCUUCCAGAGUCGCCCAGGUUUCUCAUUGACCGAGAUCGACACGAUGAGGCUCUGGAAGUACUGGCAGCGCUCAACGCCAAUGGCGACAAGGAGGCUCCGGUGGUGCUUGUGCAGUACCGCGAGAUAACCGACACGAUUGCUUGGGAGAAGAGCCAACAGCUCUCCUGGCGACAGUCAUUCAGCACCCCAGCGAACCGGAAGCGCAUCAUCAUCACUGCUACAUUUUCCAUUAUCGUGAUGCUUCCAGGGACCAACAUCAUUACCUUUUACUUUGGUGACAUGCUGUCACAAGCUGGAAUCAGCGAUCCGACAACCCAGCUCGAAAUCAACAUCAUCUUGACCUCGUGGACACUGGUCGUCUCUCUGGCGGGUGCUUGGUUCGCCGACUCCCUGGGCCGAAAGACGCUCUGCGCCAUCAGCCUGGCUGGCCAAGUCGUCACAUUCUACAUCCUGGCGGGACUCACAGCAGUGUAUGGUAGCUCGACAGACAAGUCAGGGAUAUAUGGCACCAUAGCCAUGAUUUUCCUCUACAACGCAUCGUAUGCCUACGGCAUCACCCCGCUUACAGUGCUCUACCCGCCCGAGGUACUGUCGUACUCGCUGAGAUCAUUUGGCAUGGGUUUGUACACGCUGACCACGAAGCUGUCGGGCCUGCUCGUGACCAUGGCGUUUCCUUUUGCCCUGGACGCCAUUGGGUGGAAGACCUACAUUAUCAACGCCAGUGCCGAUAUUGUGAUGUUGGUCGGCGUUCUCUGGUAUUGGGUGGAGACAAGAGGCCUCACUCUUGAAGAGGUGGACAAGGUCUUUGACGGCGUCAAGCAUUCCGACGUGCCUGAUUUGAAGGCGGUAACUGAGGGGGAAGUCGAGGUCGGGUCCGAGUUACUCAAGACAGUAUCGAGCAAUGUGGAGAACGAGGAAGUUGUUAUCACAAAGACCAAAUGA